GAUCUGGAACACAAUGCGACACGUGUGGACGGUGGUUUCACAAUAGUUUUGGAAACGCAAAGGUUCAAAUGGUGGACAGCGGGAGAUGAAAUUAGCAGGCGGGAUAUGGCUCAGAAACUUCAGGGAAGUGCAGAAUUCUUAGUGUUGGGUGACUCUAUAAUACGAGACGUGGGGACUGAACAUAGAAAUAUCAAGGUGGAGUGCUUUCCAGGAAUCAGAACUGAACAGCUACAAAGAGUUAUGGAGAACAGGGAUCUAGGGAGCCCAGACACGGUCGUAAUUCAUGUAGGUACAAAUGAUUUAAGAAGAGCUGCAAAUCUAGAAUAUGUGAUGGGCGAUGUGUACGCUCUUGUGCAGAAGGCAGGAAUUAAAUCUACCAAAUCGAAAUUAGUUCUGAGUGAUGUGCUUAGGCGUAGAGACGUGUCAUGGCGUCGUAUCGGAGCAUUAAACGACAGAUACGACUGGAUAGCAAAGACCACUGGAGUUACUUUUGUAGACCCGAACAGUUGGAUUGAUGAUAGGGACUUCGGUAGGGACGGAUUACGUAUAUACCAAGGAGGAUCGAGAAGACUGAGCCAACUGUAUUCCAGAGUUUGUGGAUUCUGCGGCGGAGGUCAGAAGUUGAACAAGUGGCUGUUGCCGAGUACUACCAGUGAGGGGGCAUCUGACAGGACGCGGAUGAAGAUUAUCAAGGAAAAUCCGACAAGCGAGGAUAAUUCAGGCAAGGAACGAGACAGAAGGCGUGAUAAGUGAUGAGGGAGUAGCCACGAGAGGAGUACAGCAGAUGGAGUUUCAUAACCGAAUUACCUAAUGCUCUACCAGGUCCAAGGACAACCCAAUCGAAUGAACUGCAGAGAAAACCG